AUGCAAAGAGCGAGGAGCCAGGCAUGGAAGAUCAGAUAUGGAGGAUUUGCCACCAACUACAUACAUAUUUGGUUGGCGAUGCGAAGUGUUGAAAGGCUUCCUGAGGACAGACAACGUCUGUCGGUUCGACUGUUUCCUUGCCUAUCGUUCAUAUGUCAGCAGAAUGUACCCCUCCAGUCGAGGAUCAAAUGGGUGGAGAGCUCUAGUUCCGAGGGUUGGUGGUUGUCUAAUGCGACGACCAGAAACGUCAACCAGGGACAACACUGUGCAGAGGGUACCCAAAACACAGGAAGUAACUCUGGAGAAGGACGAAAGAAUAACAAGGAAGAUGCCCAACAACUCCAAAGACCGUCGACUUGGCCUAUUCGCUCCAGUAAGAAAAGAUCCGCGACCACGGAAGAACUCCCAGAAGGCGAUGGCGAUGACGGAUCAAGUGGCAGAAACCCUCACAAAAAGCGACGUCUUGAGAACGAGAAGACAAACCCGAGGUUUGCUUGUCCCUUCUUCAAGCACAACCCUACUAAGUUUAUCGGCGAACGGUCGUGUUGCGGGCCGGGAUGGAUCAACGUCCAACGAGUCAAGUAA